AUGGCGUCGAAUACUUCGUCGCCACAAAAGGAACCUCAUUCUUCAUAUGCAUCGCCAACCUCUGCGGGUUUUCCAUCACACAGUUAUCAGGAUAUGUCAUAUCAACAACCUGGGAUGAGCGGCGGUGGCGAUGUGAUGGAUAUGCCAGCAUCAAGCCAACAUAUGUCGAUGCACCAAGGGAUGAUGCAGAAUUUUAACCCGAUGAUGUCCCAAGCUUAUCAGGGCUAUGAUCCCCAAAGACCAAUGCCCAUGCCGGGCCAACAUCAACAACCGCUCGGUUAUGCUAUGCAUUCGCCCGGGCCCUCGCAGAAAAAUGCCGGUGCUAACGUUAUGGGUCCGCCACAAAUGAUGCCGGCACCUCCGAUGAUGCGGCAAUGUAGUCAGCCGAACAUGCCGAUGCCCCAAAUGCCGAUGCAGCCCUUGCCCAGACCUCGAUCUUCACAUACGGCCCAUUCGGCAGCACAUAGUCCAUAUUCACGUCCACAGCCUUCACCUUUACACGCCCCAUCACCGUUGGCACAAGAAGUGUUUGCAUCGCCGAGUUAUCCUUCUCCAAUGCAGCGGAUGACGGGUACCCCACAAACGCAAGCUACUACAUCAGCACAGCCAACUUCUCCAGCCCAAAACGCCAACAACGCAAAUCCAAAGAUGAGCCCUUACCCCGGACCGCAACCAAUGAUGCCCAUGCUCCCGGGACAGCCUGGUACGAUGAAUACUGGUCAGCUUACGCCUGGACAUUAUCCGCCCGGCCAAAUGUCUCGGUUUAUGAUGGGACCGAGUGGGCCGUACCAUCAUCCUGGUAUGAUGCCACAACAACAGGGACAAGCUCAACCUCAGCCACCGCUGCAGUCGCCAAGCCACAAUCCUUUUCCACCGAACUUCCAAAUGCCGUCCGUGAAUUUCCCGGUCUACUCAACGACCGAAAUGCCCGCGGCGUUUCCUCAGUUUAUGGAGGCGCAUAUGAGGCAAAAUCCACAAUUCGCGCGGCAAUAUUACCAAGGGCCCAGAAGACCGUUACCAAUGGAGUAUCCGAAGGGAAUGCAGGGACUCAACCCGAUGGAGCCAACAACAUUCGGCUACUUGAACAACGGGAAUCCGUAUUUCGAUGCAAGGUUCGCUGGACCGCCGGCGGGAGCAGCUCAGUUCGCAGCGGGAGCUCAGGCCAAGCCGAAACCCGCACCAAAAGCGCCCAAGAAGUCCAGGGCCAAAAAGAAACCGGCCGAAGAAAAAGUCGAACCGCCUAAUUACGUCCAACCAUUACAACACGGAAUGAGGCCAAUGCAUGAACAUAAUAUGAUGGUUGCCCAAAUGGCCGGCUAUCCACCGCAUCAAAUGAUGGGAAUGCCCGGCGGCCCGCCGAUGCCCGGGAUGAUGGCGAUGGGUCCUGGUCGACCUCUUGAUGGACAACUCGGUAUGCCCCCAAACGGCCGGCUGCUGGAUACCAAUACGGUGCAGUCAUCCAACGAUAUCCAGCAGCAUCCUAACGCCCAGCUGCACCUAAACGGACCCCCAUCGGCUUCGGAGACGAAUGGUGGGAAGAAUACACCGAUUAAGCCGGAGCCCGCCGGCACUCCACACUCCUCGACCUCAUCUGGGGCUGAUGGAACCCAUGCAGAUCAGGAUAAGAAGCCUGACUUCUCCCCGAUAACACCAACAUCGAUGAACAGUGAACCAAAGCCCGAAGAUGCUGAAGUUAAUGGGCAAUUGCGAGACGAGAAACCGGAUCCGGCCGAAUUAAUGGACGUGGACGAGACUAUCGGCGACGAUUUUUGCCCAGGCUGUAACGGGAAACUUCAGAAAGACGAUCUGACGAUCACGUGCGGUGUCCAGUGCGGCCGGACCUACCAUAAGCAAUGCAGUAGCCUGAACGAUCGCGCCUACUUCCACAUCCGUGCCACCCCGGGCAGCACCUGGAUCUGUGAUGAGUGCUAUCGAAAUAGCAACGAACAGCUUGAAAAUGUCUGCCCGAUUGCCCAGAUCUCUACA